AUGAUCCCGCAACUGUUUUAUGAAUUUGCGAACUCUUCCCGACACUCGCUGUUGUUCGCACAAAAUGCGAUCCGCACCAUUAUGCAGAUUCUCUGUGUCCGGAGGUCUAUGCUGAGCAUAAUAACAUUGCCAGGCGGGACGAUCACAUGUCCUGGGAAGGGCAUCCCAGCGCUUGCAUGCAACGAAGUCGAGUUUAAUCUCCAUGAGCAGGUGAGGCCCAAGUUGUGGGAUACCACCACGCGCCUUCAUGCGAACUUGACAACUCAAGGCCCCCGAAGCAAGAGUUUCAAGUCUCGGCAUGGCGUCAAGGUUGGUGGCUCAGCAGUGCAACUGAAUGGCAACGCAAUGCGGAGAAUGGUUCUGGCGUUGACAAAUGUGCACAAUAUCAAGAUGACCUCUCCUAUUGUGCGAACGAACAAGCUUCUCAAAAACGUUAGCAUUCAAAAAAUCAUUGGCCACACGAUUAAGAACAGCAAAGAACACCGCCACAACAUCAAGACCCACGCACUUUUGACUCCCAGUGUUGAUGACUUCUCCCAGACACUCACGCCCAUGCAAGAGAAGCAACGUGAGGGUCUCCAGCGCCGUAAGCGCCCCGAAGCCGCUGGUGGAACUGCCGAGAUGAGUAGGGUCGCUGCCGACGAUUCUGCCAAGGGCCUCCAGUGGGCCUUCUACCUGACAAGAGACUUCAUGAAAGAGUCGAUGAUCCUUCUCAUGCUGGAAGCUCUUGGCCAUCGGUUGACUUUGGCGAACGAACCAGAAGAAAGAAGUACACUGCGGGACUCUUACGACGCUUUUGUUGACGCUCGGAACCUCGAGAAGUAUGCAACAACUCUGGCCGCCGAGGGUAACAUUAACGACUCGAUUACCGAUGAGUACCGUGUAAUUUGCGCGUACGAAAUCUUGCGGUGCUACCUGGGCCAGGAAAGCAACAGAUAUCCUCGCCUCCGUGUCGCCUGGCACAAAACGGACACGCAAAAGAUCCGGCUUUUUCUACACCGCUGUUGCUCAAUUUCUGUUCCGGAACCCGAAAAGCAAGAUCGAACUACUGCCGACACAAUUGGUGGCAUUGCUGCGAGAUGGGAGCUUGGUUCGGAACUCACAAUCGCCCAUGUGGAACCAGGACACCCGGACUGUCCUCCGGGCAUCGAUCCGGAAACCCCGGGACGCGUCUCCCUUUCCAGCGCAAGGGAACAGGAGAAGGUAUUGGAAGAAAACAUGGCCAUGUUUCAGUGCGAGGGAGUCGAGGAGGAUGAGCCUGACGAGCAGCCUGAGGAGUCAACUGAUGUUGGUGGGCGCAAGAGAAAGCGUACUAGUUAG